AUGGCUCAAAGCACUCCAUAUGGGGCCGUCGUCGCCCACCCAAUCCGCCUAAAGCCAGGAGAAGACUUUGUAUCAGCAAUUGAAAAUGCUGCCUCUCAAGCCAUGUCAAUAUCGAGCAGUUCGUCUGCCUUUGUCAUGACAGCAGUGGGCUCGUUGGACAAGGUCUCGUUGCGCAUGGCCAAUGCUAGUCGCUCGGAUGGAGGCAACACAUUACCCUCCAAUGAAAUUAGAAAUUGGAAUGAACGAAUGGAGGUGGUGAGCUUGGUAGGAACACUUUCAUCAAGUGGAAAACAUUUGCAUAUGUCCUUGUCGGAUAAGAAUGGUACUGUAGUCGGAGGACACGUGAUGAGUGGCCAAGUGUUCACCACCAUGGAGAUAGUGUUAGGGACAAUCAAAGGCGUGGUCUUCAAAAGAGAAGUCGACGAAGCCACUGGCUAUCGCGAGUUAGUAGUCGAAAAGAAGGAGUCUAUACAUCAAACAUAG